AUGUUAACUUCUAUCCCACCAGAAAUUUAUCAAAAUAUUUUUAAAGAUCUUGAUACAGAUUCAUUAUAUUCAGCUAUUUUGGUUAAUCGUAUAUGGUGUUCUAAUGCUAUUUCUAUUCUUUGGCAAAACCCAUUAGAAAUUCUGUAUCAAAAUGACGAUAGUGAAUAUUUUGAAACAGACGUGAAAUCAGUUAUAAAAACUUAUAUUUCUUGUCUUCCAAAAGAAUCUAAACUUAUGUUGUCUUUCACUGAUUUGUGUAUUGACUUAUUAACUUCAUCAAUUCCAACUUUUAAUUACCCAUCAUUUUUACAUACAUUAAAUUAUUUAUUAUUAUCUGAUUCUGUGAAUAGAACCAUUAAAGAUAAUUCUAAUGUUAUGAUGGUCCAAAUUCUAUUAUGCAAAUUAUUUUUCGACCAAGGCUUUCACAUUAGAUCACUUGAAUUUAGCACUCAUAUGAUAAAAGAUUAUUUGGAUUCACAUCUCAAGACGAUUUAUAUGAAUUUAAGAGAAAUACCUGGAGCUGAUAAUUUUUUUUCAAGAAUACAAAGAUUAUGUUGGCGAGAUGAUGCACCACCUUAUUGUCUUUCCUCAAUAGCCGAAAUAGCAAAGGAAAUUCGUGUUUUAGAUAUUUUAUUGGAAUCUGAAAAUGAGAAUGAAUCUGGUAGUAAUGAGCUAUUUACUUUGAUAAAUGCUCAAGAUAAUUUACAACAGAUCACAAUAAUCUCUUUAAAAAAGACGACAAAAGCCAUUUCAGCACUUCGAUCAAAAUCUAAUACCCUCCGAAAGAUCUUUAUAAAAGGAAUUACUUCCUUUUCAUUGGAUUUCUUUUAUGAUUGUUCGAAUCUUGAAGAAUUAUCUUUAUUAUAUAAUGAAUCGCAUCUACUUACGAAUCCUCAAAUUGCCAGACAACUUCGGACUGAAAUUCAAGGUUACAUUCAAGCCGGAACUCUGGACCGUACUCAAAUGGUACCAUCUGUACAAAUGGUCUCUGCUAUCCGAAGGACGGUGGCAAACAUCCAAGGAACAACUAUUCCUCGAAUUCAAACCAUAACAAACGAGAAAAAGAAAUUACUUCAUUCUUCUGAAGUUAAUAUACAACCAAUUGGUCCUAAUCACUCAAAUCUAUCUAAACUUACUGUCUUCCAAAUCAACCUCGACAGUUUUCAAACUACUGAACAAGUAAUUGAUAUAAUUCAAUGUAAUAAUGGUGGUCUUCGUGAAUUACGUGUUCAAAAAACUGCGCCGAUAACUGUAGAGCAUUUGAAGCAAUUAUUUUUGAUGGUUAUUAAUCAUUGUCCAAAUCUUAUUCAUAUUACGUUAUGUAUUCCAAACAUAGCAAUAUCAGAAAUUCCAAAUCUUUUUAAAAAAUGUUUAUCACUUGAAGAAGUUUAUUUGAGAGCAGUGAAAACAAUGGAUAUUAGCGAAACUCUUGAUGAAAUGAGUUUUGAUGUUCCAAUUAAUUUAAAAUCCCUUAGUUUAGGGUUAUAUAGUUGGAAAUAUUCGUUUUUAGCUAUUAAGGGAUUUUUGAAAGGAUGUGAAUUGAGAGUAAAUAAGAAACCUAUUAGGUUUUUGUAUAGCAAUAAUUUGACUAAAGAUGCUAUUGAUGUACUCAAGCUGUAUGAGUCGAAGGGAAUAUUAGAUUUGGUUGAAAAGAAAUUAUGCAUAACAACAAUAAUUGAAGCCAUGUUAAGUGCAGAAAGAUUAUUUGAAUCGGACGACAAAUUAGCCGUAUUUAAGUUAAGUGAAGAAGAAUUAGUUUCAGUGCAAUAUGAUGAUGAACAAUUUUCCGUUGAUAAGGAUUGUGGAAAGAUGACACUUGGUUUGUAA